CUGCCUGCGUCACCACAGCUGCUAGCUCGUCGGUUAGCGUGCUAAUAGCGCUCAGCAGUGAUGAGACGGUCAGGAUGAGACAGCAAACCUGCGAAUGAAGCCAUUUGAGCGUCUGGAGCCCGGCCUGCGAGCAGAGAGAGCCGGAGAGAGUGCUCUGAAGCCGGCCAGCGAGUGUGUGUGAGCCGCGGAUCGCUGUAAUGAUGGAUCCCGGACAGCGGCUGCGGCGCUGAGGUGAAGAUCUCCGUCUGUUUAUGUCCGUUUAUGAGCCGGCUUUGAGCUGUAUCUGACGCGACUCACUCACACACACACACACACACCGAGGCAGUGAUUCUGUCAAGACUGAGUUCAUGUUAGUUAGCUGUCAGCUAAGCAGCUGAUGUGUAUACUGUGCUAACGUUAACGAGGAGCUAGCUGACGUUAGCCAGCAUUAUUUAUCAUAAACACAGAGACUGGUCAACUCUUCAGAUGGGGACUAUGAGCGCUUUCCUGUCGACGUCACAGCACGGGCUGUAGUGUGUUCCUCAGCUCCAGUGCUCACUUCACUACAUUCACACCCUCACUAGUGUAAAUCAGAGCAGAUGCAUCACGCUGACUCCAGUGGUGAGCCAGCCAGGAGGAUGUCCCACCCGUCAGCGUUCUCGGGCCGCAGGGGCAGCGGAGCCACCGGGCCCUCAGAGGACCACCAGACCCCGGCUGGCUCCUCGUCCCCGGGGCCACACCACCCGCCGCACAGCCUCAGCAUCCAAAGCGCCGGGACGCAAGUCAAGAAGAAGAGCGGCUUCCAGAUCACCAGCGUGCUGCCCGCUCAGGUGUCCGCCAGCGCCAACAACAGCAUCGCAGACGACACGGAGAGCUACGACGACCUGGAUGAGUCGCACACCGAGGACCUGUCCUCCUCCGACAUCCUGGACGUGUCGGUUUCCAGAGCCACAGACACCGGCGUCCCCGAGCGCAGCUCGUCUGAGGAGACGCUCAACAGUCUGCACGGUGGUGAAACCCCUGGGGUCACGUCGCCUAAUGAGCCAGUGAUGCACACAGGGUACCUGGUCAACGGGGUCCACCAUCACCACCACCACCACCACAAGACCGUUCAGGGGCGACCCGCGGCGCUGCCCUCAACAGUGCCUGCUGUCCUGCAGGCUCCGGCGCAAACUGGACGCUCUGUCCAAACGGCUCCGGUAGAGUCCGCAGCUCCAUCAGACUCAUCCACAGUCCCUGUAAAUCCUCCAUCCACCCAAACCGCAGCCACCACCGCCUCCCGCUUCAGGGUGGUGAAGCUGGACUCUAACUCAGAGCCGUUCCGGAAGGGUCGCUGGACCUGCACGGAGUAUUAUGAAAAAGACGCUCCGCCUGGAGACCCAACAUCAGCCGCUCACAGGGCAGUGGAGAGCAUCAUUCAGUCCGAACACGAGACCACCAGCGGUAGCUCUUCUGGCAGCACUCUGAGUGGCAGCGGGGACGUCCCGCAGGCGUACAGCGUGGGCACACACACGGGCACACUGCAGGCCAGCCCUCAGACGGUCCUGCUGGACAGUUCGGCUGCUCCGCCGAGACCCUACAGCGAGGCACAGAGCAGCUAUCCUGCAAACACCCAGAGCGCCCUUCCUCCAGGGGAGUACGCAGCCAUGGCGGCCGGCGCUCUUCAGAUUCCUCCAGCUCAGACUGCGGUGUCGCCCAGAGCUGCUCAGCUGCCCAUCGGGAUGCCAGGUCUCCCUGCGCUGUCCCCGCGGCCCCAGAUGGGGAUCACCGCGGAGCCGCAGCCGGCUGCAGCCCAGCUCUCGACAUCAUCUUCUUCCUCUUCUGUGGUUUCAAACCUGCAGCCGCUGCUCCACAUGAUGCCCAGAGCGGCGCUGCCCUCCUCGUACGUGACGGCGGCGCAGCUGGAGGACGCCCAGCGCCUGCUCCUGCAGCACCACCCGCUGCUGGCACUGCCUCGGCUGGCGGCUGGAGGAAUGGCAGGCCUCGUUGGACACACUGCGGCGGACGCUGUGGCUGCGCUCGGACAGGACGGCGGCGCUGGUGCUGAUGCUGCGGCGUUUGCUGCCUCUGCUGGUGCGGAUGAAGACAGUUCCUCAGGAGCCAGUGUUGUGGCCAUAGACAACAAGAUUGAGCAAGCCAUGGACCUGGUGAAGAGCCACCUGAUGUACGCGGUGCGUGAGGAGGUGGAGGUGCUGAAGGAGCAGAUUAAGGAGCUGAUGGAGAGGAACAGUCAGCUGGAGCAGGAGAACGCUCUGCUGAAGAACCUGUCCAGCCCCGAGCAGCUGCAGCAGUUCCAGACGCAGACGCAGACACAGAGCGGCUCUCCCACUGCUGGAGCCCCGCCCGGCCUCCCCCCAGCCCCGGGCGCCGGACCCACCGCCUGACCUGUGAACCGCACACCGCACUGCUCCACGCUGCUUCUGUAACGCAUCAGACAAUCAGCACUGACCCACCCGGAGGUGAUUCCCCUCUGUCUGGUCACGUCCCGCAUGCUGAGGGACCCGCGUGCCGUCAGUCUGAGCCGGUGCCACAUGUGUUUAUCAGUGCUGUCAAACCGUUAAUCACAUCUAAAAUAACAGUUCAUAUUUACUAAAUAUACUCAUAUAAUGCACACGCUGCGUAUUUAUAUCUAUAUUAAUAUCUGCACGACUGCUGUACAUGUAUCUUUAUAUAUUUAUAGAAUACAAAUUAUAUAUGGUGGCGCAGUGGGUAGCACAUUUGCUUCACAGCAAGAAGGUCGCUGUUUCGAGUCUUGGCUGGGUCAGCUGGUGUUUCUGUGUGGAGUUUGCAUGUCCCCCCCCCAUGUUGGCGUGGGUUUCCUCCGGGUGCUCCGGUUUCCCCCACAGUCCAAACACAUGGGUAAUGGGUAAGCUAAAUUGGCUGUAGUGUAUGUGUGUGAAUGAGUGUGCAUGGGUGUUUCCCAGUAAUGGGUUGCAGCUGGAAGGGCAUCCUCUGCAUAAAACAUUUGCUGGAUAAGUUGGCGGUUCAUUCCGCUGUGGUGACCCCUGAUGACUAAGGAACUAAGCCGAAAAGAAAAUGAAUGAAUGAAUGAAUGAAAUUAUAUAUAAAUAUAUAUGUAAAUAUAUUCCUUAUUUACGUUUAUCAACAUUUAUUCAUUCAUUCAUUUUCUUUUCGGCUUAGUUCCUUUAUUAAUCCAGGGUUGCCACAGCGGAAUGAACCGCCAACUUAUCCAGCAUAUGUUUUACACAGCGAAUGCCCUUCCAGCUGCAACCCAGCACUGGGAAACAUUUAUGCACAGUGUUUCUGUAUUUAUGUGUAUAUAUAUAUAUAUAUAUAUGUUUAUGUGUGUAUAUUCAUAAAUAUACACAGUACACAUAUUAUAUAAAUACAAUAAUAAUAAAUAAAUAUAUAAAUAAAGUAAUAAAUACUUUUAUCUCGUUUGACAGCUCUAGUUUUUAUUAAUGCUGAUCGCGAUGAAUCACAUCCAAAAUAAAAGUAUAUAUUGUACACUAUAUAUAUAUAUUAGUAUUUUAUGUACAGUAUGUGUGUGUGUUUCCACAUAUAUAGAUAAAUAUACACAGCACACAGGUAUAUAUCAUGUAAAUACUGCUGUAAUCCUGGAUGUGGUUAAUGGUCUGACAGCUCUGUGUUCUUCUGUUUUGUUACUGGUUUUAUUGGUUUGGCUUUUAUUUUCAUCGCUGGUUUUCCUCUUGCUGUAUUUGUAAAUAUGAUCGUGUGUUUUUCAGAAGACAAAACUAGUUUCUCCUUAAAACACGCUGAAUAAUCUGCAGUGUGUGUUCAAUUAAAUAAUCUGAAGACGUUUCUUUAGAUAACCCCGCUGACGGAUCAUUCAGCUUGCUUUAAGGAAAAGCUGGACUUGUUUUGUCUGAACAGGAGACGCGUGUGAAUAAGAGCGAGCGAUGACGAGAGCUGUCGGGACUCUGGGACUCGCUUGUGUAAAGAUGGACGCUGGAGCUCCACACACACACACACACACACACACACACACAUGAUGAAGGAGUUGUGCUCAGAUUAAGUUAUUUGCCUUACAGUCCAUCGCUCUGGUCACAUGUCAGUCCGCCGGUGAUCGUGACCUUUGACCUCACAGUAUGUGCAUGUUUCCUUUAAACAUGUGACGUUGUACAGUUGCACUCAACAGCUGCACAGUGACUUUAAUAAAUGACCAGGAAAUGAG